AUGAUAUAAAUUUCAAUUAAAUGCAUGCGGGAUUUCAAAAGCUAUUCGAAGAUAUAUUCAAUAAGCGCGCUACCGCUAAAGCGCCUCCCGCAAAGCCUCAUUCAAUUACAUACCACAUAUCAACCAUUAAUAGCUUUUGAAAUACUACAUGCAUCUAAUCGAGGCUUAUAUUAUUAGAAAGCUCCAAUUAAGGCGAAACUGGAUAUGUAACUUUGAUAUGUUAUAUCUUUUGAUUGAAGAGGAUAGGAUAGUCAAUUAAAUGUUGAUGUUUCGCGGAAAGGGGGCGCUACCUACCACUUAUACCUACUUCACGGGUUCACGGAACUGGAGCAGCUACAUUUGCUCGAAAGGGAACAGGAAUCUCGUGAAGGCAGGAGUCUGACACAGAAGAUGGCGGAUCGCGUCAACGGGUGGUUUCGCCGUGAAGGCGAUCCCCAAGCCCGGCCUACCGGUCUGCAGUAUCCCCCGGUUCCUCAAACUACAGACGUGGCGCCGACAGACGUCAGCAGCGAUAGCUGGCCGGCGGCAAGGUCAUUAUCGCGUUCAGCAUCCAAUACGUCAAUCCAUUCCGCGGCUGCGCCCUCGGCGGCCGCAACGGACGCCACCUCCGAACCACGCCACUGGGGAACAGCGGGCGGACCGCUGAAUGGAUCCCAGAGAAAACGCUCUGCGGACGAUGGGGAGCUGCUCCUAAAUUUGCGCUCUACGAAACGCAACAGAGCACUGCGGUCCAACGCAGCUCCGGCAGCCGCGGGAACGCCAUGGUCGCCUCUGGGAACCGAAGACAGACUGGAUCCUCGCCGAAAGCGUAAGCUCUCAUCGUCAGGACUCAUACCUGAGACCGAGCCAGCCAACCAGACGAGUCGGCGGCACCGUCCAGCACCGAUACCCGCCAUGUCGCCGCCGGGUUUGAAGCGCAGGAACUGCCCGGAUAUCGCAGACGAAGAGGGACAAGGCAGGCAUCUCGCCAAGCGCAGGAAAUCACAGCAAACCACAGCACGAGUGCCAGCGACGGAUUUUCCACGGCGACUGCGUGAACCACGCCCUCGAAAGGAGGUGGCAACGACCAGAAGCAGACCUGGAAAUGGGCGCGGGAAGGACCUAGCCCAGCCGAGGAAGCAAGCUGUUCCUAAACCAAACUACCAACUGGAACUGAGGAAGAGCGCACGCAUAGCAGCUCUGCGGCCAAAGAAAUACAGAUAAGGACGCUUUUCAGAACCGGGCCUCGGGUGCCAGAACGUGGUAGAG